ACCGGUUUGACUUCGUGUUUACGUCAGUGGUCACACGAUUGGCGAUGGCCAAAGCCUCAAGAUGAUGGCUGCUUCUUCAACAAGGGCUCCAGGAUGAUGAAACUCUGCCUCCUGACCUGCCAAAUGUUGAACUCAAGAAGAGUUGCUGUGAGUCUACCUGAAUUUACUUAAACAGCUUCGUUUAAAGAACAUGAUCCUUCUUUCUCAGCCAGAACCGGACUCUAACCUCCAGCCUGAACCCAGAUGUUGGUCCUGCAUGAGCAACCAUUCAAAGUCAGAACCUCUUCUGUUUAAAGGAGGACUCUUCACGUCUGAGGAGAGGUGGGAUUCCUUCGGUUUUCAUUCUGACUUUGAACCUGAACCCAGCGGUUUGUCCUUAAAGAGCAGUCAGUCAAAGGCUGAACCUCUUCAGUUUAAGGAGAAGGGAUGGCAUUCAAAUCUGGAUCAGAGACCCGAUCAGCAGAGCGCAGAGGUUCUCAGGGAUCAGUCAGCCCAGCAGCAUCAAGCUCAGCUGGAGUCCAUUUUCAUGGAGAUGGAAAAGAACAUUGUCAUUUUUGUGAAGCGUGAGCUGAAAAACAUCCAGAGGGUUCUGAGUCCAAAGUUCCCAGAAUGCAUGGAGGAACAGGAAUUCUUAAAGGAUGAGGAUGAAGAGUGGAGAAGCAGCAGAGAAGCUCUUUUGAAGAUUGCAGUUGACUUUCUCAUGAGGAUGAAGCAAUGGGAGCUGGCUGACCGCCUGCAGAGCAAAUCUCCUUCCAUGUGUCAACAAAAUCUCAAAUGUAAUCUAAAGAAGAAGUUCCAGUGUGUUUUUGAGGGGAUCGCGAAAGCUGGAAGCCCAACCCUUCUGAAUCAGAUCUACACAGAGCUCUACAUGACAGAGGGAGGGACUGGAGAGGUCAACGGUGAGCAUGAGGUCAGACAGAUUGAAAAAGCGUCCAGGAAGCUGGACAGACCAGAAUUCACCAUAAAAAAUGAGGACAUCUUUAAACUCCCACCUGGAAGGGAUGAACCAAUCAGAACAGUGAUGACAAAGGGUGUGGCUGGCAUCGGGAAAACUGUCCUAACACAGAAGUUCACUCUGAAAUGGGCUGAAGGCAAAGCCAACCAGAACAUCCAGUUCAUGUUUCCAAUAACGUUCAGAGAACUGAAUGUGAUGAGAGAGAGGAAGCUCAGCUUGGUGGAGCUUAUUCAUCACUUCUUUACUGAAACCAAAGAAAUCCACAGGUUUGAAGAGUUCCAGGUUGUGUUCAUCUUUGAUGGUCUGGAUGAGUGUCGACUUCUUCUGGACUUCCACAACAAUGACAUCCUGACUGAUGCCACGGAGUCCACCUCGGUGGAUGUUCUGCUGACAAACCUCAUCAGGGGGAACCUGCUCCCCUCUGCCUGCCUCUGGAUAACCACAAGACCUGCAGCAGCCAACCAGAUCCCUUCUGAGUGUGUUAGCUUGGUGACAGAGGUCAGAGGGUUCCUCGAUGAGCAGAAGGAGGAGUACUUCAGGAAGAGAUUCAGAGAUGAGGAGCAGGCCAGCAGGAUCGUCUCCCACAUCAAGACAUCCCGAAGCCUCCACAUCAUGUGUCACAUCCCAGUCUUCUGCUGGAUCACUGCUACAGUUCUGGAGGACGUGAUGAAAACCAGAGAGAGAGGAGAACUACCCAGAACCCUCUCUGAGAUGUACAUCCACUUCCUUGUGGUUCAGACCAAAGUGAAGAAGGUCAAGUAUGAUGGAAGAGCUGAGGCAGAUCCACAUUGGAGUCCAGAGACCAGGAAGAUGAUUGAAUCUCUGGGAAAACUGGCUUUUGAGCAGCUGCAGAGAGGAAACCUGAUCUUCUAUGAAUCAGACCUGACAGAGUGCGGCAUCGAUAUCAAAGCAGCCUCCGUGUACUCAGGAGUGUUUACUCAGAUCUUCAGAGAAGAGAGAGGAGGAUUGUACCAGGAAAGGGUAUUCUGCUUCAUCCACCUCAGUGUUCAGGAGUUCUUGGCUGCUCUUUAUGUUCAUCUGACCUACAAUGAUUAUGGUAUCAAUCUGUUCAAGCAGCAACAAAUGACCCUUAAGAAUUACGAAACAGGAAAAGAAGAUCCAGCAAGGGAACAUUUCUACCAAACAGCAGUUGAAAGGGCCCUGCAGAGUCCUAAUGGACACCUGGACCUGUUCCUCCGCUUCCUCCUGGGUCUUUCACUGGAGUCCAGUCAAACUCUCCUGCAUGGCCUGCCAGCACAGGCAGGAAUUAGGCUGCAGAGCAACCAGGAAAUAGCCCAGUACAUUAAGAAGAAAAUCAGUGAGAACCAGCCUGUAGAGAAAAGCAUCAAUCUGCUCCAUUGUCUGAAUGAACUGAAGGAUUGUUCUCUGGAGGAGGAGAUCAGAAAGUUCCUCAGAUCAGGAAGUCUUUCUACGAAUAACUUAUCUCCUGCCCAAUGGUCCGUGUUAGUCUUCAUCUUACUGUCAUCAGAAAAAGAUCUGGCUGUGUUUGACCUGAAGAAGUACUCGGCUUCAGAGGAUGCUCUUAUGAGGCUGCUACCAGUCAUCAAAGCCUCUAAGAAAGCUCUACUGAGUGGCUGUAACCUGUCUGCUAAAAGCUGUGAAGCUCUGUCAUCGGUCCUCUGCUCACAGUCCUCUAGUCUAAGAGAGCUGGACUUGAGUAACAACGACCUGGGGGAUCCAGGAGUGAAGCAACUCUCUGCUGGACUGAAAAAUCCUCACUGUAAACUGGAAUCUCUUAGUCUUUCAGGCUGUCUGAUCACAGAAGCAGGCGGUGCUUCUCUGGCUUCAGCGCUGAGCUCCAACCCCUCCCAUCUGAGAGAGCUGGACCUGAGCUACAACCAUCUAGGAGAGUCAGGAAGGAAGCAGCUGUCUGAUGGUUUGGAGAAUCCUCACUGGAGACUCAAUGUUCUCAGAGCUGAUCCUGGUGCACCUCAAUGGUUGAAGCCAAGUUUCAGCAAAUAUUUUUGUGAUCUCACGCUGGACCCAAACACUGCUCACAAGUUUCUUAAGCUGUCUGAAAACAACCGGAAGGUGACGGAUCUGAGAAAGGAGCACCUAUAUCCUGAUCAUCCAGACAGAUUUGACUACUGGCCUCAGGUGCUGUGCGAAAACGCCCUGACCGGUCGCUGUUACUGGGAGGUGGAAUGGGUUGGGAAGGUUUACGUGGCCUUGAGUUACAGAGGAAUUAAGAGGAACGGAGACACCGAUGGCUCCAAGUUUGGAGGGAAUGACCAGUCCUGGUGUCUGGCCUGCACCGAUGGGGGAUACAAUGCUUGGCACAACAACAACGGCACCCUCAUCCCCCUCCCCUCUCCCACCUCCUCCUCUGUCUGUAACAGAGUAGCUGUGUAUGUGGACUGCCCUGCUGGGACGCUGUCCUUUUACAGGGUGUACUUGGAUAAACUCACCCACCUCCACACCUUCAACACCACAUUCACCGAACCUCUUUACCCCGGAUUUGGGUAUGGGGUGAAACUGAACUCCUCUGCCUUUUUGUGUCCGCUCUGAACCAGCAGCACAAUGGCUUUAUGCAGGUCAGCUACAUGUGGACAUGAGGUUAGAGUUGAUCGUGCACAGAAGAGGAUCUUGGGGAUAAGAAAGUAGCAGGUAAAAACCUAGAGAGCAGAGUAGCACCCGGACCGCCUUCACAUUUAUUGUGAUCUAAGAUGCUGUGGAGAGUAACCGGAUCUAGUGUGAAGGCGGCCUGAAACCAAACUACCAAAUUUUGGUUUGAUAGAAGCAACUCCUUACAUUUACCCAAAACCAAAUAGGAAAUUGAUGGUGUUUAAAAACAAGUGCGAUUUUAAACCACAAGCCCCUGAUACCCCAGCUCAGACACUUGUGAGAAAAGAUGGCUAACAUCAAAGGGAUCUGGGGAAAAAUAAGAGACAUCCUGAACAACUGAACUCUGCACACUCGUUACUGAACACUGUUACAGCUCUAUUUAGAUCACAUAUAAAAGGUCUCAAUAUCAAAAAGAGCAGAUAAAGAGCAAUAAAGAUAAAUAAUCCACAGUGGUGGGGAAUGUGAACACACUAAUCAACUUUUUUGUAAAUCAAAACUUAGCAAAUGUUUGGAUUCGGGUCGAUUCAAGACUGCAAACGUGUAAGAAAUGAUACAAUGUAGAGAGGAGAGGUAGAAUCUGCAAGGGGAAUUCAGCUCAAAGCAGCCAUCACUGCACAAGAAAAGAUAUAGAGUACGUAAAUGAUUAGUAUAGAAAUGAAUGGGAUGGUUUUUAUUCUACAUAAAGUUUUAAUAUGAAAGAGUAUCUGUAAAGACGUAGGUGUACAUAAUCUGUGCGGGGUAUGAGUGUAUAUUUAUGUGUUUAUGGUUAUAACGAAUUACGGUUUUGUAUAAGAAACUGUUCAUAAAUGUUGGGGAAGGACUAAAAAAGCCACGGCUUCUCCAAAGGGAUUCAGAUGAAGGCACAUGGACUUGUUUGGUUUCUUGAAGACAUUUUGUUUCUCAUCCGAGGAGCUUUGUCAAUUCUGGAUUACCAUUACCUGGAUGAGAACAUUCACCAGCAUACAUCUCCUUUUGAACACUCCCCCCCAGGCCAAAGACCAUUUUGUUGAAGAAGAUCUUAAUCAUGUAUUUUUUUUUUUUUUGGUUUUGUUUGUUUUAUGAAUGUUUUGUUAUUAUUUCAAUUGUUUGAAAUAAGAGAAACUGAAAGAAACUAAGACUUGAAGCAAAAAGUGAUACAGAGGUCUGCAGGUUUGAGAGACAAUCACUUAUUAAGUGUAUUUAUAUGUUGAGAGGUGCUUAAAACAUUCAUAAUGAAUGUGGUAUUUUAAAUCAUUCAAAAAUGAAUGCCUGUUUGAAUAUAACAAACAUUUUAAGUUGUAUUUACUUGCUUCUUAUGUUUCCUUUAAAUGUGCAGCAGGGUGCCAAAAUGUGUCCCUGAAUGUAGACAGUUCAUGUUAAAGGUAUGUUUACAUUUUUCUUAGACUGUUUUUGUUUUUUCAUUGUUAAUUUCAGCUGUAAGACAGUUUAUUGAGUCUGUGAAACAUUUACAUCUGUGAUGUUUGUAAUUUUCAACAAUAUUAUGAGAGAAAUUUUUUUUUCUUUUUAUUUCGAACAGAUCAAACAAUCCUGAAUUCACCAAGAAAAAAAAGAGCUUUUGUUGCUAAAGUUAUAAUAACUACGAAGAAAUGAAACAGUUUGAAUUGUAAAACAGAUAUUUUUAUGUCGUUAUUAAUUUAGUACUUCAGGUAUUUAUAUUAGGCGCUGUUUGUACAGUCUUUCUAUCUUAAUUCAUGCUUUCACCACCAGAGGGAGACAAAUUCCCAUCCACGAAGAGUUAAAGGAGAAUAUAAACACAAAUGUUAAUAUUAAUGCAGCUUAUAAAUAAAUUGUAAAUGUGGGAGGCUGCAUCUAUGUAAAAUUACUAUUUGCCUGUUUAAAUAUUCCAUAUUUUAAAAAUAAGCAGACAGAAAUGUCAUAAAACAUUAAAUAUGAGUUUAAACUGUCGCUGGAAAACAAAAUAAUUGUCCCAAAACAUGAAAAAGCUAAUUAGAACGAUGCAUACAUUAUUAAAUAGAUUUUCGUUGCAUUUUACCCUGUUGACCGUCAUCAGUACUGUUUGCCAUCAUUUUUAAGUUGGCAAAUUUACCUCAGGUUCUGUUUAAAGGAAUGAAAACGAACUAUUUUAUUGACAUGUUUUAAAGUAACAUUUAAACUGAGUUUGUUGAAGGUUAACAGAUGUUUAGCAAAUAUGAAGGAGAAAAUGAAUGUUCUCAUUAGGCGAAUAGGGUUAAAACAGCGCCAACUAGCGGCCACGAGGUGUAACAUUCUCUUGAAAACAUUCUUUUAAAAACCCUUCAGCUGUUUGCAGACUCCAGAAUAAUGUUUGAUUCCCUGUGAUGCACUUCCGUGAAACGAGAACUUUCUCCAGCUGACUCCAGAGUCUGGCUGAGGACCCGCAGCUCCACUAGCAGCAAACAAAAGCUGUCUGAGCUUCAACCUCCGGGUUAAUCAUUGCCUCAUUUAUCGCUAAAUUCAUAAAGUCUGGUUGCUUUAUUGGCCGAACCUGUUUGGACUUGUGCAGAGACCGAGGGGCUGGAGAAGAUGAACCCGAGCAGCGGAACCCGCAGAGGGAAGACUUUCCUGUUCACAUCCGAGUCUGUAGGAGAGGGACACUCCG